AUGACCACGGCAAAGUUGAAACAUGCUGCACAUGUCCGGUUGGAGGAGACUGCAAACAUAUUCGGGUGGUUGCAAUGGCCAUAUGACGAUGACGACGAUGACGAUGACGAUGAUGAAGAUGAAGAUGAAGAGGAUGAAGAGGAAGGUGAAGAAGACUACGAUGUAGGCUAUGAUGUUGACGAUGACCAAGAAGUUGAAGAUGCUGUAGAUGCUUUUCCUCCAGAGGAUGAGGAAGAUGAACAAGAAGAGGAAGAGGAAGAGGAAGAACAUAGAGGUCACAAAAGAACAAGACAAUAA